AUGUCGGUUGGUACAGUCAAGGCUGUUCCAUUCCAUGAAAAAAGUUACUGGGAAGGUCGAUUCGAACAAGAAAAUCAUUUUGAAUGGCUCCUUUCUUGGGAUGCUUUGAAACCAUUAGUUGAAUCUUACUUGGAUCCUAAUGAACCAAUCCUUCACAUUGGGUGUGGAAACUCGAGAUUGGCUUUUCACUUGGCGGAUGAUGGCUAUCCUCAUGUGAUCAAUGUCGAUUAUGCAGAAAAUGUUAUACAACAAAUGAAGGCAGAGACUUCUCCCAAGUACGACCGGAUCGAAUGGUACGCAGGCGAUUGUUUGAAUAAUCUCUUAUUCUUACUGAAUCAACACGAUCUUCAUGAUGGCUUUUCUGUGGUAAUAGAUAAAAGCUUGUGCGACACAAUUGCAUGCGGAGACGAUGAUGAACAAACCUCACAACAAAAACUAGCACAUCAAGUUGGAUCUCUUGUGCGAAUUGGCGGGGUCUGGUUGUGUGUCUCUUUCUCGAGUCAACGAGAACAUGUAUGGGACCAACCAAGCGGUAUGGGAUGGAAAUGGAAAAGAGAACAUGCUAUACCUGUACCAGUAAACCACCCCAAUAGUUUGCCUGGUGCACCCGAGAUAUUUCAUUAUCUUUACAUAAACCGAAAAGUACCUGCGUAG